UCAGAAGGGCUGCGUUCUGCACGGUCAUGCAUGAAAAUGAAAACUGACUUCCUUACAGAUUGCAUCUGCAAAAAGAAGUCAGAUGGGGAGGAUUAAAACUCUGAGAUCUCUUUGCCAAACCGUGGACCAGGACCUCGCAGAUGAACGGGCAGAACAGCUCAGAAGGGCGUCUGCGACGCAAACGUAGAAAUCAAGAUCGCUAAACGAGGCGAGAGCUCGUUCCUGGCCUGUUGUAGUAUGUGUCCUAACUUGUGUUUAAAUGUUCAUGAAAGUUGCGUUUUUAUUUCUGGAAAUAAUUAUGGAAAACAGAUGAAGAUUGAUUUUUUUAAAAAAAAGCACACAAGAAAAACACACGCCGCGCCUUUAAAUGCAGGAUCCAAGCUUGACCCCGAGACUGCAGCAACACGACUUGUUUACAACACAGCGACACCGAACUUGACAAAGGGAGGAGGGUGCAGAAUGCCCUUUCCCUGUUUCUAUUGGUCGUCAAAAUUCCUUCUGUCUUUCUAUUGGUUUUCAGUUUUCCAUCUUCCUCUCAUUGGCUGUUGUUAGCAAGCGUGUCAAAGGAAUUGAAGUCCGGGUGCCAUUGUGGCUCAAACAGUGAAGGAGUGAGUCGUUUGUCCGCUGUCGGAGAUUUCGGAUCCAAAAUGGUGAUAAAAAUGAAAGAGUUCCACAAAAUAAGAUGUGCUUCUUGACGAAUCUUCCUCUGGACUGAUACGGUGUAACGCCGAGAUGGUGUCACAUGACUCGCACAGAGCCCAGCUGCCCAAUUCCAAUAUGGUGGCCAGCUUGGCAGGCUUAAGUUUCUCGUUGAUUAAUUUGUUCCUCUGCGGGUUGGGGUUCGGCGCCUGCAGCCAACAAGCUCCGCGGGUGUUGGGGCUGAGGCUGGAGGACCCGGGGGCGCUGGUGUUCAUGCGGCACCGGGUCAUAACAGCACAUUACGGAGCUACUUUCCAGCUGAGGCUCUUCGGGUCUUACCUGCUUAAUGAGACCUGGCCGUGGGUUGCGUUCGCGGAGGAAGCAGAAGGGGAGGAUGGCGGUGCCACCGACCCGUGCAAAGACGAGAGCGGACGGAGCUCGGCUCUCUUUCAACUCCGGGGGCCAUUUCUAGAGGCCGAGGAGCACAGCGCCCUAAUAACCGUGCAGGCUGCAGAAAGCAGCAGCAUCUCCGGUGAGCACGCCAGGAGUUCUUAUCAUCGCUUGUGCGCCCGGGACGGCGUCAGAUGGGUUACGGCUGGCCAGGAUAGGCUGGUUCUAGCAGACGACCCGCAGCCCGAUUUCAUCCCGGUCUGGGGUUUGGCUUUGGCCAUCGUCCUCCUGCUCUUCGCCUGCGCCCUGUUCCAGAUUCUGAAGCUGAGCCUGCUGGGGCUGGACCCGCUGGAACUGUACGUGCUGCACACCUGCGGGUCCGAGCGGGAGAAGAAAACGGCGAAGCGGCUGGAGCCCCUGCGCCGGCGGGGUAACUUUCUCCUGUGCUCGCUGCUCUUUCUGUGCGCCCUGGGCUACUCCGCUCUCGGCGUGCUCUUCUAUCGAGCCCUGGGCGCCCUGCUCCCCGCCGUCUUCCUGUGCGGGCUCCUGGUGUUCAUCGUCAGCGGGCUGCUGCCUCACGUUCUGUGCUCCGGCUGCGGGUUCCAGCUGGCCCCGGGGGUGGCGUGGCUGGGGCAGGCGUGCAUGGUCCUGACCUGCCCGCUGUCCUGCCCCCUGGGGCUCCUGCUGGACCUGGCACUGGGCAGGGACAUCAGCUCGUGCCACGUGCGGGAGAAGGUCAUGGAGAUGAUGAGGACCAGCGACCCCUACAACGAGUUCGUGAAGGAGGAGUUCAGCCGGGGGGCGCUGCGGACCAAGACGGUGGAGGACAUCCUGACGCCCCUGAAGGACUGCUUCAUGCUGUCCUCCGGCGCCGUGCUGGACUUCAACACCAUGUCCGAGAUCAUGCAGAGCGGCUACACCCGGGUGCCCAUCUACGAGGACGAGCGCUCCAACAUCGUGGACAUCCUGUACCUCAAGGACCUGGCCCUGGUGGACCCGGAGGACCGCACGCCCAUGAGCACCAUCACCAAGUUCUACAACCACCCGCUGCACUUCGUCUUCAACGACACCAAGCUGGACGCCAUGCUGGAGGAGUUCAAGAAAGGUAAAUCCCACCUGGCCAUAGUCCAGAAGGUGAACAACGAGGGGGAAGGAGACCCCUUUUAUGAGGUGCUGGGGCUGGUCACACUGGAGGACGUCAUUGAGGAGAUCAUCAAGUCCGAGAUCCUGGAGGAGUCCGAUGGAUACGUGGAUAUGAAGGUGAAACGCCCCCCCUUGCCCGUGGAGCUGCCCCUCGCUGGCCCCCGGGAGGACUUCUCUCUGUUCAAGGUCCCCGAGGGAGACCUGAAGGUCCGCACCUCUCCCCAGCUGCUCCUGGCCACCCACCGCUUCCUGUCCCGAGAGGUGGAGCACUUCAGUCCCCUGCGGAUGUCGGAGAAGGUCCUGCUGCACCUGCUCAAACACCCCAGCGUCAACCAGGAGGUGAAGUUCGACCCCAGCAACCGGCUCGGCGCUGACCACUACCUGUACACCCGCAACCACCCUGUCGACUACUUCAUCCUGCUGCUGCAGGGCCGCGUGGAGGUGGAGAUCGGGAAGGAGGGACUGAAGUUUGAGAAUGGAGCCUUCACGUACUACGGUGUCUCUGCCCUCACUGCGCCCUCGUCAGUGCACCAGUCCCCAGUCUCCACCCAGCGACACAACCCCAAGGACCCCUUUGAGCUGGGGGAUACCAGUCCAUCCAGCUACUGUCCAGACUACACUGUGCGUGCUCUGACUGACCUGCAGUUCAUCAGGGUGACCCGGAUGCAGUAUCUCAAUGCCCUUAUGGCAUCCCGGAUCAGCACAGCAGCCCCGCCCCCCGAGCUCCCUGAGAUAAAGAUUGUCCCCAACAGCCAGACCAAGCUACUCAACGAGAAGAACACCAACCCAGAGUUUCAUGUCAGCUGUUCAUUUUUUGACACAAUUGAGAACUACAGUUAAUGUGCCUUGCAUGAGGCAGAAGCAAAAGUAGAGAGAAAACCAUGGAUCACUGAAGAGGAAAACCAUGGAUAGAGCAAAAACACACCCUGUGGGACUGAGCUUGUCUUUCAAAUUAUGUUUAAAAUUCUAUUGGAUUUUCUGUUUAAAACAUUGUCAUUUUUUAACUGAGCCACAAAUAAGAUGCUGUAGCAGGCUGCAAGCAGGAAAGGCAAACUUCCUACAGUGCUUUUUUUUUUCUUUUAAAAUGAGUUUUACAAGACCAUCCGUCUCUCCUCUGCCCACCAUGGCUGUUUCCACAGCCUGAGAUUAUUGCCUAUUCUUCGGUGUCAGCAUGCUCGUCAUCUAAGAAACCUGCGUUCACCAGGCAGAAGAUGCACUCCUGGUCCACUAGAGGGAGUCUAUGAGACCCACAUCCACAGCGAGAUGGCAAAUCUGAAGUGAACAACAGCACAAGGUUAAAUACUUAAACUGUGCAUUUGUCUGUCCCCUGGAUAAUGAAAUCCUUUCCAGCCAUGAACCAGCAGUCGUCUAGUCCAACAGCCCAUUUAACUGAGAAUGAAUCACUGAACUGGUGUGGAAGGAGUAAGCUGGCGAAGGUUUAGGAAGCAGUAUUAGAUAUGCCCAUGGCUCAGGUGCUGCACACAUGAAAGAGCAUUCAGAUUGGUUUGUGUCCAGUGCAGCCUGUCUCUGCGUUUAUGCGUGGGUCUGGCUAGUGGGAUAGGGGGCCACAAGGCCAUUCUGAAAGUCCACAGCGUCGGGGGCUGUGAUUGGCGGAGAGGGGGUUCAUGGUUCAGGAACGGACUGCACUCUGAUGGAGGCUUGUGAAAGCUCUGUCCAGGGGUCAGGUAUGGGCCCCCACAGGUCGUCAGCAGGCCUAGUGUGGCCAGGUUUGUGUGGGCCAGUGCCCACUAAAGGCAGUGCCAAAGCACCUCUGAGCUCGUGCGGCCAGAGUGGCUUUUUUAACCUGUAUUUAUAGAAGUUAUGUAUUUGUUUAUUUAUAUUAAAGUCAUAUAUCUCCAGGCUGAUUCCAUCACCCAAUCUCAUGUCCCUGGAGCCUUCAGAGAGGCAGGCAGGCUUGGUCCAGCUGAGUUGUUUGGGAAUUUGCACAAAGAUGGAAUUGCUUUUUUUUUAAAUGACGUAUUUCCAAGCAUAAAUGUCUUGUUUGAUAGUAUUGUACAGCCCCUUUUCAAAUUUCAGAUAUUUGCAGCAGCGAUGGAUAAGUCUGUAAGGUGACACUAAAUCAUCCCCACUAGAUCUUGAAAAUGUUUUUGUUAAUAUUCAGGUUCCUUUUCCUUUUAAUAUUGGUGUUGGUGGCAGCGGUGGUGAGCUCUCCGGCCGUCCCCACUGCACUGCACGCAAAGCUGGCAACACUACAGGAGCUGAGGGCUCCAGACUCUCCGUUCACCAUGGUUUUGCCCUGCAGAGUCUGCCCCUGUCACCUCUCUCACCUUCUGUCACCCGGUGCUUGGUUUGGCCAUUCCUUUUUAAAACUGCGGCGCUUUGCACAAAACAGCCAAAGAAACCUGCAGCAAGGAGCUAAUCUAUUUUACCCUGCUAGUUCAUGCACACACAUGCGAUCUUGAUUGCAGUUGAUUUGCUACCUUACCUCCUUCAAAGCAGAGGCAAGAUGCAUCCCACCACACGCAGGUGUCUUAGCAAAGUGGUUGGCGUUUUUACGAUUGUGAAAGGCGUGCGCUCUAGAGACGUGCACAGGUGCGACUGGGACAAGGGGAGAAGUCAUGUCUAUGCCUCAACCUAGCGCGGGCAGAACUCAUUUCUAGUACGUGGAUGAGGAGGUGUCAGACCCCGGUCAUGCUUUUACGUCGUGCAUAGACGUGCCAGAGCUCGUUUCACUGGGUAAUUCCCAUUCCUGGCCCUGGUGACCCCCCCCACACCUGCUGGUUUUUGUUCCAGUUACACCCCUUCAUUGACUUUAUAAUAGUAAGGUUCAUUUGAACUGUUUGUUUCAAUCUGGUGCUUUAACCACUGUAUUUUGUAAGUGAACUAAAAUCCCAAACUUGCGCCUAGAAACAAAAUGCAAAUAUUCCAACGAUGCAACUUCUUAGAUCGAUUAAGGCUUCAGUUCCCUAAUGAAGGCGGAAUGGAAUGAAAACCAGGUGUGUGGGUCUCAGGACAGGGAACUCACUGGAGAAGCUUUCCAGAAAGCAUUGGCUGCACUUUUUACUCGUUUGAAGCCUUAUGGGUCAAGUUUAACUUCCCAGCCAGCAUUCCUGCUGUUGAUGUUGCCGUUUUUGUUUUUGCUGUAGGUGGGGCGCCCCAUGUCCUGGUGAGGUGGGGGUCGGGGGGGUGUGUGAGUGUGGGGAAAGGUGCACAGUCUACUGACGCUCGGCUGGUCGUGUUGCCCCCUCUUCUCUGUGCACGUAACUUUAGCCAGUAUUGUGGUCAGCUGGAAAGUACCCCCAGAUUGAUUUCAGGUAUCACAAGUGAUGUUUUUUUUUUCCAAAUAACAAUGAACAAUGUGUACUAAGAGAAAUUGAUUCCAAGUAAAUAUUUUUCAGCUGUUAUAAAUAUAUUGUACUGUUUGCUGUAAGUAAGUGCAUUUAUAUUGUAAUAAUGGAAUGUAUGUACAUUUCAAAGGAGAAAUCAUUACCUGUGCUAUUAUACUGGACAGUAGAGUGGGUGGUGUAUGGGGUGGGGUAAAGAUUAUAUAUUAUAUAUGCACAUCUAUAUAUACAGUAUAAAAAGGAAAGUAAUAGUAAUAACUUGUUUUUCAGGUACAAGAAUAUAAUAGUGUUACCAGGGAAAUAAAGCUUAGUUGUAAUUUUUAA